AGGCAGACACAACAGAAUCGGGGGGAGGACGGUGGAUUAACUGCGUCAACUGAAAUUAGAUUAAUUUAAAGAGAGGUGCCGCCGCGACCGAGUGGGAAGGCAGGCAAGAUGAUAGCGCCUUAUUUCCUGGAAAAUUUCUGGGGCGAAAAAAACAAUGGAUUCGACGUUCUUUACCACAACAUGAAGCAUGGUCAGAUAUCCAGCAAGGAGCUGACGGACUUUAUAAGAGAAAGGGCCGCCAUUGAAGAGGCAUAUGCCAGGUCAAUGACUAAACUGGCCAAGUCUACAGGCAACUACUCACAGCUUGGGACGUUUGCUCCGGUGUGGGAUGUGUUUAAGGUGUCCACAGAGAAACUGGCUGGAUGUCACAUGGACCUGGUCAGAAAACUACAGGAGCUCAUCAAGGAAGUUCAGAAAUAUGUGGAAGAACAGGCCAAAGCCCAUAAGAAGACGAAGGAGGAAGUGGCAUCCACACUGGAAGCAGUGCAGAAUAUUCAGAGUGUGUCUGCAGCCCUGCAGAAAUCAAAGGAAAAUUACAACAGCAAAACUCUGGAACAGGAACGCAUGCGGAAAGAGGGAGCAGCGCAGAGAGACCUGGAUAAGGUUGGAGUAAAGGCAAAGAAAGCCACAGAGACAUAUAAGUCGUAUGUGGAGAAAUACGCUAACGCCAAGACUGAGUUUGAGCAGAGGAUGACUGAUACUGCACAGAAAUUCCAGGACAUUGAAGAAAACCAUGUUCUUCAAAUGAAGGAAAUUAUCCAGUCCUACUCCCGCUGCAUUGACGAAACACAUUUACAGAUCAGAGAGGUCCAUAAGGAGUUUGUGCACAACAUGGAGAACACAUCGGUGGAGAGUCUGAUCCAGAAUCUGGCAGAGAGCAAAGGAACUGGGAAAGAGAGGCCAGGGCCCAUUGAGUUUGAGGAAUGCAAUGUUUCCAUAGCCACUGAAGGUGCCAAACCCAGAAAGCGUAAGACAUUUGCCAUCCCAGGUCGGAGGAAAGACAAAGACACAGACUCCAUGGAGUCGACUGAAGUCGAAGCUGUUAAUGCCACCAAUGGAACUCCACCAGGUUUCUAUGGGGCCAUUGAUAUCCAGAAUGCUAACGUUCCUCGGGUAGACGAGGAAGGUUUCUGUAUCAGACCGGAAGUCAACGAGAAUGAUGCCAAAGAUAACUCUUUCUACUCAUCCAGUGACUCAGAGGAUGAUGAUGAACCUAGAAAGUUCCACGUGGAGAUCAAACCAGUUCAGCCCAACAAUGGCACGCACCAGAGUAAAGCCACCAUAGAUGAACUCAAAGCUUCAAUUGGAAAUAUUACCCUGUCACCAUCCACCACGGGUCAUAUGAAGAGGAAUCAGUCUAGUGAUGAAUUGGGGAAGCCACGGAUGCAGUCAUCUUAUAAUGAAAGCAGAUUGGCCAACAGUGAUUUGCUCUCUCUUGAUCCGUUUGGGCCAACCCAGACUGGCUCCUCCUCUGGCUCCUCCUCCACAGCGCCCACACAGAACAGACCUAACACCCCUCUGGGUACAGCAACUAUCGUGCCCCCUCCACGACCUGCGUCAAGACCCAAAAUACCUGCAGGAAAACUUAGUGGCAUCACUGAACUCGGUCGGCCAUUCAGUCCUCCUAAGGUGGUGAACUCCAGCCCCCCUCCCACUGCUCCACUGGCCCGUGCUGAAAGCUCCUCAUCUCUGUCCUCUAAUGCAUCUCUGAGUGCCAGCAACACGCCUACUGUGGGGACAUCUCGAGGACCCAGUCCAGUGACUCUGGCAUCACAGGAUGCUUUGCCUAUUGCUGUGGCAUUCACUGAGUCAGUUAAUGCCUACUUCAAAGGAGCAGACCCCAGCAAGUGUAUUGUGAAGAUCACAGGUGACAUGACUUUGUCAUUUCCCAGUGGCAUAAUGAAAGUCUUCACCUCCAGCCCAUCUCCUGCUGUCCUCAGCUUCAAACUCAGAAACACCAGCAAACUGGAGCAGAUCCUGCCCAACCAGCAACUCCUGCACAGUGAUGCCUCUCAAAGUGACCCAAACACUAAAGACUUCUGGUUGAAUAUGACUGCGCUGACAGCUUACCUCAGGAAGGCAUCAGAGCAAAACCCUGCAGCCUCCUAUUACAACGUGGACAUCCUCAAGUACCAGGUUUGUUCUAAUGGGAUCCAGUCGACCCCUCUGAACCUGGCAGUGUACUGGAAGUGUAGUCCCACCACCACAGACCUGAGGGUAGACUAUCGCUACAACCCAGAGGCAAUGCACCAACCUGGGCCACUGUCUAAUGUCCAGGUCCUAGUGCCCGUCAAUGGAGGCGUCACAAACAUGCAGUCUCUACCGAACGCCAUCUGGAAUUCAGAGCAGAAUAAGUCACUAUGGAAACUGAGUGAUAUCUCAGAGAAAUCUGAAAAUGAAGGAGCUGGAUCUCUGAGAGCGAAGUUUGAGCUGUCUGAUGGACCAUCUAAUCCAGCUACUCUAGCAGUGCAGUUCUUCAGUGAGGGUAGCACUCUGUCUGGGGUAGACAUGGAACUGGUGGGCACAGGAUACAGGCUCUCUCUCAACAAGAAACGAUUUGCCACCGGGCGCUACAUGGCAGAUUGCUGAGGGAAGAUGCCACACUCACGGAAAGCUCUCUUUCAGUUUGUCUCUUGCCUUUUGAUCCAUCUACUUUCACAGGCACCUUGUUCUGGGGAAAAAGAAAUUCUGUAUACGUUUCUGUAGCACUGAAUAUUGAACACUGUCUG